AUGACGACUCGAGCCAAGUUUGGAAUACGUAAACCAAAACAAAUGCUUUCUCUUCUCACCACAACAAAAUCUCCACUUCCAAAAAGCUAUAAACAGGCCCUUUCUGAUCCAAAUUGGACACCUGCGAUGACUGAUGAACAUGGUGCUAUGAUUGAAACUAGAACUUGGGAUCUUGUACCUCGACCUCCAGGGGUCAAUAUUGUUAACUCUAUGUGGCUGUUCAAACAUAAGUAUGAUGCAGAUGGAGCUCUUACACGCCACAAAGCCCGAUCUGUAGCAAAUGGCAAAUCGCAGGAAGCAGGCAUUGACUUUACCAAAACUUUCAGUCCAGUUGUCAAACCAGCGACCAUUCGCACUGGACAUCUAGAAGAAAUUGUCUAUAUGCAUCAAGCACCAGGCUUUGUGGAUCCUAGAUUUCCCAACCAUAUCAUCACUAAACUCAAAGAAGAAUUCCCAAUGACAGACAUGGGCAAACUCCAGCACUUCCUCGGGAUUAAAGCUGAGUACAACGCUCAAGGAAUGUUCUUAAGUCAGGCAUCUUAUGCUAAGGAAAUACUUGAUCGCGCAGGUGAUAACACCGUAUUUUGA